AUGCAGUCUACCACCCAAGUGAUACAACACGACACUUCAAAUGAUUUACUUGUUAAAAUACAUUCUGUUGGUAUAAAUCCAUUCGAUUCAAUGGAACGUAAUGGACGUGAUGCUACUGUUACUGUAGUUAAAAUUGGGCAGGGUAAAACACAAGAAAAAUACCAUGUUGGGGAUCAUAUAUGGAUCUCAGCAGAUCCAUUAAGAUUAGGUACACUUACCGAAUAUACGAUAUGUACACAUGAUGAAUGUGGAUUAUUAUCCGAGAAUUAUAGUACCAAAGAUAAAUGGAUGGAGUUAACCGCAGUAUCUUUUGGUAUGACAACAGCAUGGACAGCAUUAGUUACAACAGGAAAAGUAUCAACAGAUAGAGAAUCAGGUCAAAAUCAAGUUUCAGAGUCACACCCAUUGGUUACAGAAGUCAUUGAUGUUGAAGAACAAAAACAAUUUGCAGAUGAAUUAAAGCUUACGAAAAAAGACAAUUGUUCGACAUUGAAACAAUCACUCGUGCUGCACAUGAACAAGGCUGCUACAUCGGCUGGGAUCUUGCUCACGCGGUACCAAGACGAUAUACCAUUGAAAUUACACGAGUGGAAUGUUGAUUUUGCAGUGUGGUGUACAUAUAAGUUGAAAAAGCUCAAAACUCAAGGUUCUCUACAAUAUCGAGCGGGCAAUGAUCGAAAACGUAAGACUGAUGCCAAAUGCAGUCGAGCCUUAGGUCAAUGUAUAAGGCAAAGUAAUGAAGUCACGUUGCACGAAUUGGCUGAAAAACUACGUAAUCAAUGUCAAUUGACUGUUUCCACCAGCACAAUCUCACGUCAUUUAAAAGGACUUCAAUAUGAAAAUUGUUUACCAUUAAAAACACCAGUGUUGACACCCGAACACAAAAAACGCCGAGCUGAAUGGGCUAAAGCACAUUUAAAUGACAAUUGGAAAUCUACAAUAUUUACCGAUGAAUAUUUCAAUUCUGGGUUUCAUUCAUUCCAACGUAUUAUGAACAGUGAUUAUUACAUCGAAAUAUUAGAGAACAACUUAAUUUUAAAUGCUAAACAAAAAUUUAAUAAUAAAUGGCGACUUCAACAAGAUAAUGAUCCUAAGCACCGAUGCCCAAAAACUCAGAAAUGGUUGGCAGCAAACGUUCCACAUGUUAUGGACUGGCCAUCGAAUAGUCCGGAUCUGAAUCCGAUUGAAAAUUUUUAG